AUGGACCUAAUCUCCAAUGGUACUCGGGAAGAAAUCGCACAGCUUGACUAUUCCACCGACCAACCCUUGAAUCGAGAACCACCCGCCAAAGAGCUGAUUGAGCAAUUCAUCACCCCCCAAGACCUCAACUACGACCGCAACCAUGGCCCCAUUCCACACCUACGCAGCGAGAAGCACGUUAUCCGAGUCGAUGGCCUCGUCGAAACACCGCUAUUUCUCUCUCCAGACCAGCUUCGCUUAGAGUUCGCGCAGCAUGAAGUCACCUGUGCACUUGGGUGUGCCGGGAACCGUCGGCACGCAAUGCGCAUGCUGCUGCGCGAAGUGGAAGGCAUUGACUGGGGCGAUGCGGCCGUUAUGAAUUGCAAGUGGAGGGGUCCUCGGAUUCGGGAUGUGCUUUUUAGGGCUGGGCUGCGCGACGACGCUACCCAUACCUGUCCUGGUUGUGAGAUCCAUGUGGCUUUUGCUUGCUAUCAGGUCCGGUGUCAGGAAGACACUUGGUUCGGGGCGAGCGUGACGUUGGAGAGGUGCUUACGAGAAGACGGCGAUGCCAUUUUGGCGCUGGAGAUGAAUGGUGCCACACUCUCUCCAAACCACGGAUUCCCCGUCCGCGUGGUUCUCCCGGGUAUCGCAGGUGCUCGAUGGGUGAAAUGGCUCGACCGCAUCACAGUCCAGAGUCGCGAGUCCCCAAACUUCUAUCAGCAGCGCGAUUACAAGGUCCUCCCGCCGGACGCAAUCGACCGUGCAUCGGCAGAGAAGUACUGGUCUUGCACGUCGCCCAUGUAUGAGACACCGAUCAACUCUGUUAUCGCGGUUCCCGGUGAUGACGAGACUGUUUCUGUGCCGGCGUCUGGAAUGUUGGAGGUGAAAGGAUAUGCGCUUCCACAGGCUGCGGACGGACCCGUUGCUCGGGUUGAAGUUUCCGGUGAUGAAGGCCUGUCUUGGACCGAGGCCCGACUCACUGGCGCUAGCCCGGAUCGUAAAUGGUGCUGGGUGUUGUGGGCUGCGCAGGUAGAAUUAUCUCCUGGGCCGGGCAGAGAGAUCGUCAGUCGGGCUACUGAUGCCGCGAGGAACACGCAGCAGGAGCACUCGCAGUGGAAUCUGAGGGGCGUGGGAUACAGCGGGUAUGGUCGCGCGAGAAACCUGACUGUUGUGCAGAAUUCCAGUGGUCAUAUCGACUGA